GCCUGAUGUUUUUCUUUUAAAGGGGCAGGAGCCGCGGGGGGCGGCAGCCUUGUCCUUUGGCGCUUCCUCCCCGUACCUUCAAGGUGCGUUCCCGAUCUGGAGAGCCGGAGGCAUCGGCUGCAGUCAUGGGCGCUCUCAGGAUCGUGACAGGAGCGCUGCAGCCUCGGGAGAUCCGGCGCCACUGGAGAAGAGGGUCGUCGGGACACGGUUUGGAGCAGCUGGUCCUUCCCGUGGCUUUGGGCAGAGCCCCCUACUCCACCGGAGGGAGAGAGGCGGUGAUGAAUGGCCGUCAUCAGCAGCCGCAGCCGCCUAAACAGCGCCUCACUGAUCAGGACCUCUCCGUGAAUGGGAUGCUGCCACGUCUCAGUGAUCUGCUCUUCUACACAAUAGCCGAAGGACAGGAAAGCAUCUCUGUUCAUAAAUUUACCACUGCCUUACAGUGCACUGGUCUUUGGACCUCAGAUCCACGUCUUCGCGACUGCAUGAAUCUGAUGCGGACUGCAACUCAAGGAGCUAGCAGUGAAGGAAUGCUGAGUCGAGAACUUUUUCGGAGGUGUGUGAGUAGCAAUAUAGUUCUCUUGACCCAGGCUUUUCGGAAGAAAUUUGUCAUCCCUGACUUUGAGGAGUUUACAUCACACGUGGAGCAGAUCUUUGAGCGUACCAAAGGACUUAAGGAGGGCAAGGUAGCAAAUUACAUUCCACAAAUGGCGAGAUAUAAUCCAGACAUCUGGGGUGUAUCUCUCUGCACAGUGGACGGACAACGGCAUUCCAUGGGCCACACUAAGAUUCCCUUCUGCCUGCAGUCAUGUGUCAAGCCCUUAAAAUAUGCUGUUGCUGUCAGUGAAUUGGGCACAGAGAGAGUCCAUCAAUAUGUGGGCAAAGAGCCCAGUGGGCUGCGUUAUGACAAACUCUCUCUCAACGAAGAAGGGAUUCCACACAACCCUAUGGUGAAUGCAGGAGCCAUUGUGGUGAGCUCUCUUAUCAAGAUGGGCUGCAAUAAAGCAGAGAAGUUUGACUACGUGGUGGAUUAUUUGAAGAAGAUGGCUGGAAACGAAUAUGUGGGAUUCAGCAAUACCACGUUUCAGUCAGAAAAAGAAACAGGAGAUCGGAAUUAUGCCAUUGGCUACUAUCUCAAAGACAAAAAGUGCUUUCCACGUGGUGCAGACAUGAUGGCAGCUCUUGACUUAUAUUUCCAGUUGUGUUCUGUUGAAGUGACUUGUGAGUCUGGAAGUGUCAUGGCAGCCACACUUGCCAAUGGUGGCAUCUGCCCUAUCACAGGCGAGUGUGUCCUCAGUGAUGAAGCCAUCCGCAACACCCUUAGCCUCAUGCAUUCUUGUGGCAUGUACGACUUCUCGGGGCAGUUUGCCUUCCAUGUUGGUCUUCCUGCCAAAUCUGCAGUCUCUGGAGCUAUCCUGCUGGUGGUGCCCAAUGUUAUGGGAGUGAUGUGUCUAUCGCCCCCUCUGGAUAAAGCUGGCAACAGCACGAAAGGAAUUGGGUUUUGUCAGGAAUUGGUGUCCCUCUUUAAUUUUCACAACUAUGACAAUUUGCUGCAUUGUACCCGCAAGUUGGACCCACGCCGUGAAGGAGAUGAAGUUAGGAACAAGACUGUUGUGAAUCUGCUGUUUGCUGCUCACAGUGGAGAUAUCUCUGCCCUUCGGAGGUUUGCCCUGUCAGCUAUGGACAUGGAACAGAAAGACUAUGACUCUCGUACAGCCUUGCAUGUUGCUGCAGCUGAAGGACAUUUGGAGGUUGUGAAGUUUCUGAUGGAGGCCUGCAGAGUCAAUCCUUUUGUCAAGGACAGAUGGGGAAACAUUGCCUUAGAUGAUGCCAUCCAGUUUCAUCACCUGGAAGUGGUGAAGUUGCUCAAGGAUUAUCAAGAAAGCUACAUAUUGGGUUCCAGACAGGCCAAGGAAGCAGCUGAGGAUCUCUCCAAGGAGAAUUUGGAAAGUAUGGUGUGAGAAUGGUAGUUUUUUAUAAUUGCUUUGUUAAGCCCUGCUAAGAACUUGAACAAGAAGAGACAUAUAUAGAGAGAAACUACAUUCUCCUCAUUCCAAGUACUCCAUCCGGUUGAGCAAUGCGGAGUUGUAUUUUUCCAUAACUGUCUUGUACAGGAGACUCUCUCUGGUGAACCUUGUAUGAAAGUUCAGUACUCCCCUUUGACAGUACAAGUAAAAUUGAUAAAAAUCCCCAGGAACUGAGUUAGUAACUUUUUGUGAGAAACAAAUUUUAGCUGCAGAAAAAAAGGAGAAAAAGAAUGCUCAACUGACAUUUUGGGUUGCCUGAUAAAAUCCAAAGUAGUUAUCACUAUAAAUAUUGAACACAUUUAAGGAAAAAGGGUUCAAUUCCUAUCUCCUUCAAUUUUGUAACUUAAUGAAGCCUCCACAAUGAAUGUUUUCAUUUCCUUCACUAUUAAUCUAUUCUCUCUCUUGUCCAACCAUUCCCCCAAUAGCUAUUUAAGCAAGAAGGGAAAACAUACUUGUAAUGUUUUUAAGGAAUUGACUUUUGUCUGUCCCAGGCGUGGGUUCUACUUACCUUUACUACCGGUUUGCAAUGGGGGGGCGCGCAUGCGCAGAAGCAUUUUGAUGACAUCAGGGUCAGUGGGCGGAGCUUCCCGCCGGUUUUACUACCGGUUCUAUAGAACCGGUGUGAACCAGGGGUAACCCAGCACUGGUCUGUCCCCACCUUCAAAACUAGUCAACCAUUUCUGCUAUUACAGCUUACAUUCCCUUUCCUACACCCACACCAUCUGGAAAGGCUGCAGAGCUACCUCAUAAUACAGUUGUGCCACUGGAGGGUGUAGAGAUAUAACUGUUGCUUUUUAGGGAAUUGAUUUUUAAAGCCCAGUAACUGAUGACCAAAUUAGAAAUUUAGUGCAUCUAUUCUGCUUCUCGUUUCCAUUAAAAAAAAAAAAAGCAUGAUGCCAAAUGUUGAUUGUGUGAUUUGAUAGAAUGGUGGGGGCUACAAAAAGGGGAUGCAGUCUAUGCAUUUCCCAGGUCUGCCUUGCUUGCUAGAAGCCAUACAAUAUAUUCUUCACUUGGGAGCAAAACUUUUCAGUAUAACACUGCACAACUUCUUUUAAUUUAGUACCCUCAUUGUGGCAUUUAAGAAAUGAAUUACAGCGAUGUAAGGCACAUGCAGCAGAAAGAUACAGGUAUUUCUUGGGUUACAACAGUUCAUUUACCUGACGUUCAAAGUUAUAAGGCACCGAGAAAAGUAAUUUGUGACCAUUGCAGCAUCCCCAUGGUCACGUGAUCCAAAUUGAAAUGGUUGGCAACUGAUUCAUAUUUAUGAUGGUUGGAGUGUCCCAGGGUCAUGCAGUCACCUUUUGCGACUUUCUGAUAAGCAAAGUCAAUGGGGAAGCCAGAUUCAUGCAACCGUGUUACUAACUUAACAACUGCAGUGAUUCACUUAAACAGUGUGGCAAGAAAGGUCAUAAAAUGGGGCAAAACUCACUUAACAACUAUCUUGCUUAGCCAACAUAAAUUUUGGGUUCCAUUGUGGUUGCAAGUCGAGGACUACCUGUACACAUUUAUCUCAAGCAAUUGGGAUAAAUUUAACAUUGGCAUGUUAAAGAGAUAUUAAAUUGGUAAUGAUGUUAACACUUUUAAAUCAAGAAGGCAUGGUUAAUAAGCCUUUGUCUUAGCUUCUAAGGAAAGUCCAAGGGUUUAUGGACGAAAUUAACUUGCAGAGGGCCUAAGUAACAACCAGUAGGGAGUUUUCAAGUCUCCAAUCUCUUCAACAUUUGAAUACUGAAAGUGUUUCAUGCACAAACAUCUCUCAGACUAACAACAAAAUAGUCCAGUUGCAAUGAUUCAGACAACCUUCAGACAACUCUACUGGAUAAUUGAAUUUUUUUAUCAACAUGUUACAGGCACAGUUACAACAUGACUGCUAUGAUACUUGCAACCACUCACAAACCUCCAUUUUGAGAAAGCCAAACUCAAGAAGCUAAAAAUAAUUUACACAAGCACCAGAAUGGAAAGCAAAAAUGGGGAAAUAGCUUAUCUACACUGUUGCUCUCUCAUAUUUUGGGUUACUACUUCAAACACUUGUUCACACUCCAAUCAGUCAUUUCUCUCCUCCUCUCCAAAAACUUAAUCACAAGUAUGGGGAAAGAUACUUCCAGGUUCAGUCAUUACCCCUAUAUAUAGAAAACUACUGCCCGAUCCUAAGCACAUUCAUUACCACACAGGAAAUAAGUCCUGCUUGAGGGCUAAUAUGUGCAAUCUUGCAAUGUCCUUCUAACGUGGCAUAAGACAUUCCAUCAGCUGCUUGAAAUGGCACCAUCAUUUUUCCUGCACCUCUCUUUUCAGCAGCUGCUUUACUGCUCCAAUAAAAGUGUUCAGCUAUUUUGGAAUAGAAUGGCAAAAUACCUGUCAUAAAUCAAUCACUAUGGAACAGGAAAAACUGAAACCUUGAAGCAGUACAGUGCUAUGUUUCAAUGUUGCUGCCAACAAGAUGGUAGGCUACUUUAUGCAUCUAGAUAUUUUAACUACUGUGUGCAUUUCCUAACAGUGGAUAUUUGCAAUCAGAAGUCCAGAUAAAAUAACAUUUUGUUUUAGAUGCUUUUAUUUUUACACAGUAUACAGAACUGCUCUUGCUACAUCCAACACCAAGAAAAAGAAAACACUGCUUAAAUAUUUGUUGAUUUCAGCUAAUUUUAAUUAUGGUGAUUCUAAUAAACUGAAGCAAAUUCUUUAUCAUUCCUUUUUGAUGAAUAUAUGUAACUGCAGAUGUAUAUUGGGUCGAUUCUUGUUCUUUCAACCAAUCUAACACAGGAUAAUCUGGGGCUGGUAUUAAUAAAGUAAUUCCUACAUUAA